UAUUCAUUCAGUGUGAAUCAUAGCGUGUGCAAUUCGGCGAGAACUGAAGUUUCGGUUAAAAUUUUGCGCGCCGGCGAGAGCGCGCGCGAAAAAAAUAAAAAAUAGGCGCGUCGCAUGAUCAACCUUGGAGUCCCCGCUGGUGCUUCGCCUGUAGUAAUGGCGAAUAGUUCCCAGGCAUCGAAUGGAACCCAUUUGUUCAAGUUGAAUUGGAUGCAGUGGGCCGAGCUCGGGGAUCGGUGGGACAUUUUCGACUCCAGGAUGUCAUACUGCGACGUGUCCCUAGUGUGUGGGGACGGGUUCCUGCUCGCACAUUCCUGCAUGCUGUCGCUGGACUCGUUCUUCAUCAAGAAUUUGCUGAAAGAAGUGACACCUGGUGCGUUGGGAGGAAAUGCCGGAGUCGUCAUUCAUUUACCUGAUUGGCCGAAAAGCGUUGUUAGGCAACUUUUGAGCAUCUUAUACAAUGGCUGUGCUUACUUAGGCAGUGCUACGGAAUCUGCGGAGGUCUCUAAGCUUGGAAGGGCUCUCGGCUACAACGUGCACAAGUGGCAACUACUGCCCAAUACUGUGACAGAUCACACGGGAUCCUCUUCCCCGAUCCCUUCUCCGAUCAAGAACUUGGCUGCAUCAGGCACCACCAUCAGUGUCCUGAAGCGCCCUCCUCCACCCGGUUUGCACCACGUCAGCACAUUUCAAGGCUCCAAGCUCACCAAAUACUUCACCGACGAAAUGAGCCGCAACAGCAGCAAGCAGCAACUGAUGAAUAGGCCCAACGGCGGGGAAACACUGGCGGAAACGAGUUCCGUCACGAUCUCGAGGAUCCCUUGUGCUGGUCAGGCGGGGCCACCUAAACUGGUACCCAAGCCGAAUUUAAUUGCGAGUUCUGCGAGUGCGGGUUGUCAGACUGUCAGUUUGCCACCGAAGGAUCCCCUUGCAGUCAGUCCUGGCGCAUCGCACCCGGCUGUGCCAAUGAUCAGGGUGAAACCGAAUCUCAAAAUGGUGCCCGGCUUGGCGAAUCGGCUGGACAUUGAAUCAACAGUAACUUUAUCAGGAUCGCCACCUCCGGGUCUGUGCAAAAUCUCAAAUACCUCAACGUCGACCAGCGGCGUGACCGCGAAUUCCCGUCCAUUGCAAGAAAUUCUGAGCUCUUGCGGACGGGUUCUCUCAGUGCGCAACACCAAUAACAGCAGUGCUGGUCAUCAGCCGUCUAUCUCUGGUCAACAGCAGAACCCCACAAGGAUCCUGCUUCCUUCCGUGGUGAACAAAUCAACCAUGAUCUCGGAUCAACCCCGCACCAUCACCCCGAAACCCGUGACGAUAACUAGGUCUUUGUUGUCGUCCCCGCCGAGGCUGACGGUGUCGCCGUUAUCGAUUCAGCCGUCGAAACCGACGAAGCCCACUGCAGAGGACGACGACGAGCCGCUGUCGAUCGACUCCAUGUUGGAUUGUAUGAUCAAGGAAGAGACGCUGGACGAUGAAGAGGAUCUCAUUGAUGACGACGAGGAUGACAAUAACGCGGUGGACAAUAAUGUGGUGCCUGUGAAAAGGGCGGCUGUGCCGCCAGUGCAACCAGCUGACGAACCCCCGGCGCUCAUCGUGCAUCCGAACUCGUCACAGACCGGAUCGAAAGUGGCCUGGAAUCAUCCCGAUCCAGGAGGCUGGAAGGGUAAAGACGUGAAUUCCACGAAAAAUAGUCCCAAGGAAUCCACGCCGGUGUCGAACGAUGGGAAUAAGGAGACCAAAGUUGUGAGGAAACGUGGACCUAAACGGAGACGCCUUUCCCGAAAACGCCGGCCGAUUCGAAUUAAGAUCAAGACCCUGAAAGCAGCCGAGGCUGCUGAAGCUAAUGGAGACGAGCCGAAACGUGUGGACGGUGAAGAGAAGAAGAAAGAGAAUAACGAAGAAGAACAAGACAGUGAUUCCGAGGAAGAGCAGAAUGACGAUUCGGACGAAGACUGGGAAUUGAACACUGCCGGUGCGAAAUUGAAGCGGAAAAAGUCCACUGAAAGAAGAAGUCCUCGCCUGUCGAAAGGCACCAAAGAUACCGACAAGGACCUGGGCAAAGAUGAUCUACAGCUGGACGAUGUAGAAGACACUAGUGACGAGGAAUCCACGGGCAACGACGACGAGUGCAACGCAAAUGUUGCGUUUCAGCGAUACUGUGCUGAGAAGUUUGCGUGCAUGAAGAUGAUUCGUCGGCAUUUGCUGCAAGGCCAUGGUGACAAAUUCCCUGUGCAUGAAAUCACCUACUCUUGCGGGGCCAUCAAACGCAAGCGCGGCGACACAAAUCCGGCCCAGUCCUGUCCCGCCAUGCUUCACUGUAAGUUCAAUGCCACGUGGAAAAAGUAUGUGAUUGCCAAGCUGGAACAGAACCAUUUGAACCACGUGGUGACCCGAGACGCCUACGACGUGUACAUGAAGAAGAAAGAAUUGACCUCGCACGAGAAAAAAGUGGCGCUUAGGCUCUUAAGCAACGGGAAAGACCCGGAAACUGUGUGCAAAAUCAUGAAUCGAGUCACGGGAAAGACGAUUUCAGUCGAGUAUUUAACUACGUUGAAUUUCUAGUCAGUUGGCGGCACGUUCGAACUAAGGUGUUUUUUUGUUUUCGUGGAUUCAGGAUUUUACUUUGGGUGUCUUCGAAUGAUGUGUGUACAAAUGUUUUUACCGCAGCGUGGCCGUGUGAUUCGUUUUUAUGCUCCAUAUGUGAAUCACCUGCUGUGUGGUGCGCCAAUACUGGUGAAGCGAUUGCUUUAUGCGUGGUAUGCAGGGUGACUCACGUGCUACUGGGUUCUACAAAACUAGUCCAUGCAGUUCAACAUCGAUAACUCGAACCUCCCUGUUUAAUAUUUUUUUUAAAGUCCUUGUCUGAAUUCCCUUUGAAAUAAUGCAUUAAGAACCUCCCCAACACAAAGGCUUUUCCCCUGUGAAAACCUCCAAAAGUCGAAUUUUCUGGAGGCUUUUUGAUUAUUAUUUUAUUGACACAGGAAAGAGAAAAAUAAUUAAAACACAAAUUGAUGCAUUUUGAAAGGAAGUGAAAGGUUAAAUGGGCAUAUAAACCCUCGACUCCAAAUUCAGCAUCCAUCAACUCAUUCAAGAAGCUUUUUAAGGCCCAGAAUAUGACCAAUUACAAUUUCCCAUGUAAUUUUUUCUUUCUUUCACCAACAAAAAUGCUUGUUAUCCUAACUCAAAAAUUUUUUGCUGGCAAUUCGAAGUUAGACUCGAAGGUGUUUGACUGUAUUUCAAGAAAUGACGAACAAAUGAAAUUUGCGUGUGUGAAAAAUAUCCCAGCAGUGAUGAACUACAGUAGUGUUCAGCGCGUAAAGAGAAACAUAUUUAAUUUCAAAUACCGGUGCAAUUAGUUUUUGUUGAUAAUGUACCGAAACAGAAAGAAGAAGCAAUAGUAUUUUAAUUUUUCCUCAGGACGCCGGAAUCGAUCCCUUAUGUUUCUCUCAUUCUCAAAGAUAACCCUUGUUAUUGUCCUGAUUCAGUAAUUUUUCUCGAAUAUCUCAGGCACCAAUUAAACCAUAGACCUGUAGUCCUAAUGUAAGGCCGGACGAAUUUCCUUGCUGAUCAUACGCCGAACACCUGUGAUUGUUCUGAUGGUGCCAGAGUAUUUCCCACUAUUUUAUUUGAAGAAUUUUAUGGCUGAAGAAUGGGUUCUUGAAAGAACUUUUGUGAGCCUUGAAGUAGCGCGUGUCACAGCCUGUAUAUUAGAUUUGAGGAACGAUGUAUCUUUUUUCGCGUUUAGACGUUGACGUAAAUCUUCUGUAUGCAUCCUUAAACAGAUAUGAAACAUGGAGAAAACUCUAUUAGGUUAACAAUAAAAAAAGUCCGUUUUGAUCCAAGCAAUUGAAGAGACUUCUAUAUUUUAAAGGCGUGAUUUUAAAUACGUGCAGUAUCUUCUGUAUUUUGAAGCUCUAUUUCAUCCACACACACAAAAAUGAUUCACACAGCUGAGAAGUACAAAAUAUUUACAUUUCGUUGAUUUUCGGAUUUUUCAUUCCCCUAUUGAUUGCGAUAUGCUGUAAUUUUCCUAUUCACUCUGUGCUGAAAUUUGAAUUACAUAUGACGAAUUGCUUUCUCUUCAUCUUGAACCUUCAACGUUUAAGCUAUUGUCUUUCUACCGUAUCGUCGUCAGUAUACACUUGUUUUUUUUUUUAACUUCGUUGUGGUAAUUCGCCAGAUCUCGUCACCAUUUUUUGGGAAAUUUUCAUGUGAAGCCUUGGAGAGGGAACUUCGAAAUUUCGUCACUCGUGUCUGUGCAAUUUAUGGAAAUGCCGCUAGUUCAUUUUGUGUUCGUAUACUGCAUUGAUGGAAAGAAAAGAAUUAGUCCUCGCCGCUGGUGUUCGUAAAUGAUGAGCUAAUGGAAAAGAACGGAAUUCUUGUGUUCGGAUGGAAGAAGAGACGUUUUUUUAAGAUCGAAUUUUCUGCCAUUUUUUGAAUUUCGUCUCCCAUUUGUUCUGUUGCUUCUGCUGUUCGCAAUUGUGUCCGAAAUCUUCCGGUUUUUUUUAGGCACAGCUGUCGCAUUCUUUUGACCACAGAAAAAAAUUGGCGAAACCACGUGUUUGCCGGGGUGGAAUAAAUUAUGUGAAAUCUACGAAA